CAGUUACUUCAAGAAGCUUAUCUCUGAUCCAAUAGUGAUGCACUGGUUUCGUGCUAUUUUCUUUACGGGAAAUCAAUUCAUAAGCUGUUUAUAUCCUUAUGAUGGUUACCCAAUAUCACAUGAGCUAUAUUUGAGUUCUGAAACCAUAAUAUAUUCUAUUGAUGUCAUCAAGUUCCUUUUUGGUCUCUGCAGAUUUGUCUUGGCACCCAUGGCUGUAUUAAUAUUCCUUGCCCACAAGUACUGGAAAACAAGGAUCAUAAUUGAUGCAGUUGAAAAGUUCCUCCGGAUGCAACAAAUGAUCGGCCCAGUAAGGUACGCCUACACAGACAUCACUGCAAUCACCGGCCAUUUCAGAGAUAAAUUGGGCCAAGGGGGCUACGGCUCCGUGUACAAGGGAGUGCUACUCCCAGGCGAUGUUCAUGUCGCGGUCAAGAUGCUAGAGGGUAACUCCAACUGUAAUGGAGAAGAUUUCAUCAGUGAGGUCUCCACACUCGGCAGGAUUCACCAUGUCAAUGUGGUUCGUUUAGUGGGGUUCUGCUCCGAGGAAAUGAGGAGGGCGCUAGUCUAUGAGUACAUGCCUGAAGGUUCUCUUGACAAGUACAUUUUUUCCGCCGAGAAGAUUUUCACUUGGGACAAGCUCAUUGAGAUUGCUUUGGGCAUUGCCAGGGGGAUCAACUACCUCCACCAGGGAUGCGAGAUGCAAAUUGUACACUUUGACAUCAAGCCACACAACAUUCUUCUUGAUGGAAAUUUUGUCCCCAAAGUUGCUGAUUUCGGUCUCGCCAAACUUUACCCAAAGAAUAAUAGUUUUGUUCCAUUGAGUGUCCUACGGGGAACUGUCGGGUACAUAGCUCCUGAGAUGAUAUCCCGAAGCUUUGGCGUCAUAUCGAGCAAAUCUGAUGUUUACAGCUUCGGGAUGCUGCUGCUGGAGAUGGCUGGAGGACGUAGGAAUUCUGACGCGAAUGCAGUGAACUCAAGCCAGGCAUACUAUCCGUCAUGGGUGUAUGACCAGCUAAAGAAGCAAGAAGUGAGAGAGGAUGAGAUAUCUACUGCAGUGUCUGAGAUGCAUGAGUUGGAGAGGAAGUUGUGUCUUGUUGGGCUUUGCUGCAUCCAGAUGAAGUCCCACAACCGGCCGACGAUGAGCGAUGUCAUAGACAUGCUUGAAGGUGGCGUCGACGGCAUGGAGGUGCCUUCCAGGCCAUUUUUCUGUGAUGAUGAGGACGCCGAUAUAACAGAUUCUUACCGUUUCUUCUCGGAGCUUAUUGCCAUCUCCGAGGAGGAGGUGAGCGAAGACAUACAUACAUGCAACUAA